AUGCAAACAGUAGAAUCACACCUGUUAUCUGCAAAUGAAGAAAGUUAUGUACUCCUGUCAGGUCAGAUAUUAAGUGAUAAAUUGUUAUUUUUAGGUUUCACAAUGUAUACUACGUGUGUUAUAUGGUUGGCGUUUGUCCCACUUUACUUCGGAACUGCUAAUCACGUAGCUUUAAGGAUCACAAGCAUGGCAGUCACCAUCAGUCUCUCCGCUAGCGUUACUGUGGCUUGUCUGUUCUCUCCCAAGUUGUAUAUAAUCCUGAUCCGACCAGAAAGAAAUAUUAGACAGAGCAUGAUGCCGAUGAGGUACAGCGCUAUCAAUAAGAGCUCAACCAAUACUGGAUCGGGAAGUAUGAUGGCCGCGGUGAUGGUAACAGCAGCAACUUGCGAUCAGAAACAGAACGUGCAAAAACACGUCUCGCCGAUUGAACCUGUAGUUGAUGACAUAUUCUACAAGCAAGCAAAAACUAAAGACACCAGUACUCAAACAUCUCCAAACACAGAAAAAAGGUUCGUGCCCGCGCCGGAUGCAGCCCCCAAAAUCAACAACAACUACAACAUCGGAAACGGUCCUGCAAACAUUUCACAGGAAGCGGCCAAAUUGAAGGAACUGACGUCAUAG